UCGGCGAUUCAGAUUCAGCGCAGAUGAGACCUAGAAUGCAAUUGUCAAACGGAUGAUAUCCAGCAGAGGCAGAAAAUCAAUAAUCGGACUGUUUUGCAAAUCGUCUCGCAGCAUCCAACCUGAAACGCAACAAAUAGCUUGCAUUAAACGUGUUUACAUUUAUCAAGAAGGAGGACAACCGUUGAAACAGCAAUCGCAACCAGUAUAGUCAGAACAACAGAAGCACCAGAAUGUCGGCGUCAAAAUCAAACAGCUCCAAAACCAGCAUUCGAGAUGAGGAUCUUUCAUCGGAAUCGGUUGAAGUCCUGCGGGAACGGUUGAAUACCAUGAAGCGACUCAUUGCCGAGCGGCAGAAUAGCACAAGUGGUUCAUCAGAGCUGUGGAAUCCACACACCCGGGCGUCUAGCUGCAGCGGCAUUAUCGAUGGAAAUUUUUUGAGCGUAGCAUUCGGUGGAGCGCUGAUAGUGAUCCUUUCUGUGUCCGUUUAUGCAUUUUACAAUCUGUACCAUGCGGUGCUUAAGAAAUUUCCCUCACAACAUACGGAACUGUAAAUUGGCUGCAAAUGUUUCAAUUACUGCAUGAAUAUAAACGUUGGAAAUAAAAUAGAUGUACCAUUUUUGCCCGUACACCGCA